UUAUUUAACAGAAACUUUAAUUUGAAAAUCGGAAUUUAAGUUAUAGUUAUUGGUAAUUUUAUUAGGCCGUAACUUGUAUGUAUACAUAGAAUGGUACUUUCACAAUACAAUAAUCAUAAAAAUUAGAGACGUUAAAAUAUAACUCGAGUUUAAAUCUUGUCUUAUAAAGAAGAAGACUGAUUUUCAUAAAUUAAAUGUAGUUUUAUAUAACUAUCUACUAGUUCAAUAAUAGAAGUAUUAUUAAAAUAAUCUUAAUUAAGUACUUUUAGCGUGUUUGAUCAAACAAGAAGACGAUUUCUGAUUGCCAUCUAGCAGUCAUGGCACAAGGACCAGCAUUGAUUUGUAAAUUAUUGGCUUCUUCUGUAUCAGUGGCUCAUAAAGCUGGUAAAAUUAUCCGAGAUGUAAUGUUGAAGGGUGAUUUGGGUAUAAUUGAUAAGGGAGAAAACGAUCUUCAAACUGAAGCUGAUAGGUCAGCUCAAAGGUGCAUUGUAGCUUCUUUUAAGAAUCUUUACCCAAAUAUUAAAGUAGUCGCAGAAGAAGUAGACAAACAUAGUUUGAACUUAGAUGUUCCUGAAGACUGGUUAAUUACUGAACUUGAUUCAAACAUUUUGAACUUGGAAUGUCCACAAAAUUUAAGCGAAAUUAAAGAGGAUCAAAUAACUAUUUGGGUUGAUCCAUUAGACGGAACAUCAGAAUUCGCUAAAGGUUUGGUGGAUCAUGUAACUAUUUUAAUUGGAGUUUGUGUGGACGAUGACGCAGUAGCUGGUGUUAUCUACCAACCAUUUUGGCAAAACAAAGGUCGGGCAUUAUGGGGAUUGGUUGGCUAUGGAAUUGGUGGUUUUGAAGUAAAAGAACCACCUACUGAUAGAAAAGUGUAUGUGACUACUAGAAGUCAUUAUGAUAAAGCCAUAGAAACUUUUAUAGAUGGUUUAAAACCUUGUGAUAUCAUAAGAGUAGGAGGAGCUGGCAAUAAGGUUCUUUAUAUUUUGGAAGGAAAAGCUCAUGCAUAUGUUUAUCCUCGUGCUGGAUGUAAACGAUGGGACACAGCAGGACCAGAAGCUGUGUUAAAAGCAGCAGGUGGUGAAUUAACAGAUGCGCAUGGUAACAAAUAUAGUUAUAGUAAAGAGAAUGAAAAAGAUCCUUUAAAUAAAUAUGGAGUUUUUGCAACGUCUCCAAAAUUUAAUCAUACAGAGUUUAUGAAACUGAUUAGUGAGAUUCAGUCUAAACUCGAAUAAAGUAUUAAUUUAACAAAUAAAUAUACAUAAAAAUUGUAUUUAUAAUACAUAAAUUUACCAAAUUGUAAUUUGCUACUUAUUAAACAGGUGACAAUUUGUUUAUAGAUACCAUGUUUAUUUCUAUAACUUUGUAUGCGUAAAUAAAACAGUAAUGCUUGUAUAAACUUAUGGUUUUUUUAACAUACAAAGCAUAACAUUUUUAAAAAAUUCAAUACUUAGUAAUACAUUUUUUAUUUUAACUUUAAACAUUUAUUACAUGCAUGCAAUUAUUGAUUUAAUUUGUUCUAAUGAUAAUACCAUUGAUUGUAAAUUUAAACUCAUUAAUAUUAUAUAUUGUUUUGUAUCCAUUAAAUUAAUAAAAUAGAAUCUAUGAUAAUGAUGUGGAGUUUUGCAAUAAUUUCUAAUUUGCCUCUUAGGCGUUGAACUGUUAUGCAAUUCUUUCCUCUUGACCAUUUUACAUGAUAGCACUAUCGUUUGACAUCACAGAAUUCCCUAAAGCCACAUAAUAAGAUACACGAGUGAAUAAGAUAUCUGCAAGGUCAUCCUGGAACUUAUUGGGCCUACAAAAAAAUUGCAUUGAAAAUUUGUUUUUUUUUCUUAGCAUUCCUAGGUAUUGCGUUAGUCAUACCCUAGAGUAUCAAGCAAUUGUUUAAUAAGUUUAUAUUCUGUAUGUAGAUGCAUGUUCAUACUUCAUUAACCUAGCCGCCAUAGGUUAUAAUUUGAAAAACUAAAAUUUCUUAUUGAUAUUAUUAAUGACUUAAUAAAAACGGAUGUUACCAAAUAAAACUUGAAAGUUUUAGAUAUGUCAAUUGCAGAUAACUUUUACCUACAUUAGUUACUAUAUCAAGUAUACAACAGACAUUAGCCAUAAGUUGAACUCCAAAGGAGGCAGAAUAUGUUGUUGCACAACCUAGUCGCAUAAGAGGUCACCUGGCCCAGGUAUUUAUUACAAUAUAAAAGCCUAAAUACGUUCAGUCGAUUGUAGGGCUUAUUAAGUGCCGAUUAUAAAGGCCUAUGAUUUUAACAAUGGAAUCCUUUGUGACGAGUAUGUAAAAACAGAAAAGGUAAUUAAACUUAAGUCCUCACUAAUAAGUAUUGUCAAUGCCAUUUUUAUAUUUGGACAAUAAUCACUUCUAAACACACAACUCAUAUUUAAUUUUAAAUUUGUAAAAAAAAAAAUUUAUUUUCUCCAAAACUAACUGCAGUAAAUGGAUAAAAUCCUUUUCAAAAAUAUUCUCUGGAAAAGCAUUAGUGUUGUGAAUACAUUUAUAUUAAUUGUAUAACCAACAAUAAUACUAUUAAAAGUAUUGAUCAAUAAUUUAAUAAUAUUGUAAAAAAUAAUCGGGGAAUGAAUGUAGGCAAAUAUUUACAAUUUAAAUAACAAAAAAAAAAUUAAGUUCUAUUGAAUUUUC